CUCUCUCUCUCUCCUCCUUCACUUUCUCUCUCUAAACCCAGACGCACUUUCUCUCUCCUCUCUCCCUGUUCCCGCAACAAUGACGGACACGACGGACGACAUCGCCGAGGAAAUCUCGUUCCAGAGCUUCGAUGACGACUGCAAGCUCCUCGGCAACCUCCUCCAGGAGGUCUUGCAGCGAGAAGUCGGCCCCGAGUUCACCGAGAAGCUCGAGCGCACUCGAAUUCUCGCUCAGAGUGCUAGUAACAUGAGGAUGGCGGGGAUAGAAAACAUGGCAGAGCUGAUCGAGAAGCAGCUCUCUUCAGAGAUAUCCAAGAUGUCCUUAGAAGAGGCUUUGACCCAAGCUCGCGCGUUCAGCCACUACCUCAAUUUAAUGGGCAUUGCCGAAACUCAUCACAGGGUUCAUAAGCAAAGGAAUUUAGAACUUCCUUCAAGAUCAUGUGAUGAUGUCUUCAAUAAGCUUUUGCAGGGCGGGCUUCCCCCAGAGGAGCUUUAUAACGCUGUUUGCAAACAGGAGGUUGAGAUUGUGCUUACUGCACAUCCCACACAAAUCAAUCGACGGACCUUACAAUACAAACACAUUAGAAUUGCUCAUCUUUUAGAUUAUAAUGACCGGCCUGAUCUAAGUCAUGAAGAUCGAGAAAUGCUGAUUGAAGACCUGGUGAGAGAGAUAACUUCAAUAUGGCAAACAGAUGAACUUAGGCGACACAAACCUACAGCAGUUGAUGAAGCUAGGGCAGGUCUGAACAUUGUGGAACAGUCUCUUUGGAAGGCAGUGCCUCAUUAUUUGCGGCGUGUCAGCAAUGCUUUAAAGAAGCACACUGGAAAGCCUCUUCCAUUGACUUGCACACCAAUAAAGUUUGGAUCUUGGAUGGGAGGAGACAGAGAUGGGAAUCCCAAUGUAACAUCAAAGGUUACAAGAGAUGUCUCUCUGUUGUCUAGAUGGAUGGCUAUUGAUCUCUACAUCCGGGAAGUAGAUAGCCUCAGAUUUGAACUAUCCAUGAGUCAAUGCAGUGAUACAUUAUCAAGACUGGCACAUGAAAUUCUAGAAGAAACUCCAUCUGACCAUCGGCAUGAGAAUUGGAAUCAGUCUAUGAGUAAAAACCUAUUGAAGCUACAGGCUUCAGCCCUUCCAACGCAACUUCCUGCUAGAGCUGAUCAACCAUCCUGUACUGAAUGCAAUGACAGUGGUUCUCAAUAUCCCAGACUAGAAGUUCCUGGGACUGACUACAGGCCAUUGAAUCGUCAGGGUGGUCAACCUUCUUCAAGGUCGGGUUCCUUGUACCACGAUUCAAAUCUCAACUCAAGGAUAUUAUCCAAUGGAUCUUCUGCUGCUCCUAUUAAUUCUCAGUCUACUGUGCUAUCAAGGGCUGCUUCAUUCAAUUCUGGUCAAGUGCUUGUUCAAAGGAAACUAGUCGCUGAAUCUCAGAUAGGAAGGCCCAGUUUCCAGAAGCUUUUAGAGCCCACGCCUCCUCAGUGGCCUGGCAUUGCUCCUUAUAGAAUUGUUCUUGGCCAUGUCAAAGAAAAGCUUAUGAAGACACGGAGGGGGCUGGAACUUCUUCUUGAGGAUCUUCCUUGUGACUUUGAUCCUUGGGAUCAUUAUGAAACAUAUGAUCAGCUAUUGGAACCCCUACUGCUAUGCUACGAGUCUCUGCAAUCAUGUGGAUCUGGGGUGCUAGCUGAUGGUCGGCUUGCUGACCUGAUACGAAGAGUUGCUACCUUCGGAAUGGUAUUAAUGAAGCUGGACUUGCGUCAGGAAUCAGGUAGACAUGCUGACACACUAGAUGCAAUUACCCUUUAUUUGGACAUGGGUACAUACAGCGAGUGGGAUGAAGAGAAAAAACUGGAUUUUUUGACAAGAGAGUUGAAAGGGAAAAGGCCACUUGUUCCGCUAAGAAUAGAGGUUCCUUCCGAUGUAAAAGAAGUUCUGGACACCUUCCGUGUUGCUGCUGAGCUAGGGAGCGAUUCGCUUGGAGCCUAUGUGAUUUCUAUGGCAUCAAAUGCUAGUGAUGUCCUUGCAGUUGAGCUCUUACAGAAAGAUGCACGACUAGCUGUUAGUGGCGAGCUUGGAAGACCAUGUCCUGGUGGAACGCUGCGAGUGGUUCCUCUAUUUGAAACUGCGAGGGACUUGAGACAAGCUGGUUCAGUGAUCAGGAAGUUGUUAUCAAUUGAUUGGUACAGAGAGCACAUUAUUAAGAACCAUAAUGGCCAUCAGGAGGUAAUGGUGGGAUACUCUGAUUCUGGUAAAGAUGCUGGGCGCUUUACUGCUGCAUGGGAACUCUACAAAGCCCAAGAGGAUGUCGUGACUGCGUGCAAUGAGUAUGGCAUUAAAGUUACCUUGUUUCACGGACGUGGGGGUAGUAUUGGUCGUGGAGGUGGCCCUACAUAUCUUGCUAUUCAGUCCCAACCACCUGGUUCUGUAAUGGGUACCCUGCGUUCAACUGAACAAGGAGAGAUGGUACAGGCCAAAUUUGGGCUGCCACAAACAGCUGUUAGGCAGCUAGAAAUAUACACAACAGCUGUGCUGCUUGCAGCCCUGCGUCCUCCAUUGCCACCACGAGAAGAGAAAUGGCGUAAUCUCAUGGAGGAGAUCUCAAAAAUCAGUUGCCAAAAUUAUCGAAGCAUAGUUUAUGAGAACCCAGAAUUUCUUGGGUACUUCCAUGAGGCUACACCACAGGCUGAGCUUGGGUUCCUUAACAUCGGAAGUCGCCCUGCACGAAGAAAGAACUCGAUAGAAAUUGGUCAUCUUCGUGCCAUACCAUGGGUGUUUGCAUGGACCCAAACAAGAUUUGUUCUUCCUGCUUGGCUUGGAGUUGGUGCCGGAUUAAAAGGUGUUUGUGAGAAGGGACACACUGAGGAUUUAAAAGCAAUAUACAAAGAAUGGCCUUUCUUUCAAUGUACCAUGGAUCUUAUAGAGAUGGUUUUAGGGAAGGCUGACAUUCCUAUAGCCAAGCACUAUGAUGAAGUGCUCGUGUCAGAAAGCCGGCGCGAGCUCGGUUCUGAUCUAAGGAAGGAGCUCAUGGUCACAGAGAAGUAUGUGUUGGCGGUUUGUGGGCAUGAGAAACUGUCCGAAAAUAAUCGGAGCUUGAGGAGGCUGAUUGAGAGCAGGCUUCCAUAUCUUAACCCUAUUAACAUGUUGCAGGUUGAGAUACUGAAGAGGUUGAGAAGUGAUAAUGAUAAUCAUAAACUCAGAGACGCACUUCUGAUCACCAUUAAUGGGAUUGCCGCCGGGAUGAGGAAUACAGGCUGAGUGAAAUCUCUUAUGCUCUUGCGCAUAAAUUCUGGAACGAGGAUGCUCUUCCCCUAUAUAGGGUGGUAUUAUCUGAAGGCUGCCUUCAUUAGUAUUUUUUCUUUGUUGUGUAGGUUGAGUUGAAGGAAUUGUGGACAAUAUUAACUUUUAAAUUUUGCCAUUUUAGUGAACUCUCUUGAAAACAUUUUGUGGAAUUGCUGUUAUGCAGCAGUUAAUUUCCCAUAGAACUGGAUUAUGCAGGAUAGC